CGCUCCUUCGUUGACAGUCAAUCGAGUGACUCCCGGAGCUUCUGCAGGUGCAAUACUGGGCACUACGGCUGCAUCUGAGCUGCAGAUAAAACGGACAUUUCACGAUGGCCUCAGCAACAGCCACCUAUGGACAGAAGGAGUCCUCCGAUCAAAACUUUGACUACAUGUUCAAGAUCCUGAUAAUUGGCAAUAGCAGUGUGGGUAAAACCUCCUUUCUGUUCCGCUAUGCGGACGACUCAUUCACACCGGCCUUUGUUAGCACGGUUGGCAUCGAUUUCAAAGUGAAGACCAUCUACAGGAACGACAAGAGGAUCAAGCUGCAGAUCUGGGACACUGCUGGACAGGAGCGCUACAGGACCAUCACCACGGCCUACUACAGAGGAGCCAUGGGCUUUAUCCUCAUGUAUGACAUCACCAACGAGGAUUCCUUCAACGCUGUGCAGGACUGGUCAACCCAGAUCAAGACAUACUCCUGGGACAAUGCCCAGGUCCUGCUGGUGGGCAACAAGUGUGACAUGGAGGACGAGAGGGUGGUGGCGGUGGACCGGGGCAGGCAGCUCUCCGACCAGCUGGGUUUUGAGUACUUUGAGUGCAGUGCCAAGGACAACAUCAAUGUGAAGCAGACGUUUGAGCGGCUGGUGGACAUCAUCUGUGAGAAGAUGUCGGAGAGCCUGGACAACGUGGAUCCUGCUGUCACCGGAGCCAAACAGGGGCCACAGCUCACGGAGCAGCCCCAGCGACCCCACCAGGACUGUGCUUGCUAAACACACACACACAUACCAAACACACACACACACACCGAACACACACUCGCCACUCACUCGCACAGAAACACCCGACAGUAACACACACACACGCCUCCCUGCAGCCUCGUUAGCUGUUGGAAGAGGUCUGUGGUGGGUUAGUGUCAAGAUGGAAGGCCCUGUUCGAAAACGCCAUUAUUACAUAUUUCAACCCCACCCCCCCAGCUUCCGUCCUUCCUUUUGUCCAUACCCGUUCUAUUGUAAAAUGCCCAAGUUCACAUUCCUCUGACUACUCUUUCUGUGGCCUCGAACCUGUAGGGAUUUCAUGUCUUUUGUUCCAAGGGCCACAUUUCCGAAUAUGUGUUUACUGUUGAUGGCUUUGAGCUGUUUUUAAAAAUAUUGCUCUAUUGGCAGGCGGCUAGCGAUUUUGACCCACCAAAUCCAUAUCAGUGGUAUCAGUGGGUGAGGUUUGUCCAAAGACCAAAUUUGGGAUAGCGAACAUUUUAUGAGAUUGUUUUUUUGGUUUUUACAUAUCCAACCAAAGUCUUACUGAAAACACAUUAAUUUAGUAGUACUCUACUGAUUUAAUUUAGACUUUUAUUUGGGGUUUUAGUAAAGAGGGAUAGAAAAAAUAUUGAUUGAUGGGGAACGAUGUCUCUGAGUACGAGAGAAGAUUACUAAACUGUAUAAAUGUGCGACUUCAUAGUGUAGUAAAUAUGCAUAUAAAAAUUCUAAUAUAUAUGAAGAAAUAUUAUACUAGUAAAACAAUUGAAAAUGUCUGUGCUUUGUGAGGGGUGCAUGUAGUUGGAGCUGUUCUCUUUUCUUCUAUGCGUGUGAGAGCUGUCGUUGCACUCGUCCCAUUGACAUGUAGAGGUUGCAGCAUGUCCAACAAACGGUGGAAAAUGAAGCCUCGCAAAAAUUGUCAGUGUACAACACUGCUACUCUACAGCACAAUUACCUCUUAUUGAUGUGUACCACACACACACACACACACACACAUACACGUUCUCAGACUUGUGUUGGGUUACUGCACUUAUACUACAACACUGGACAAACCUUCCAACUAAAAUCUAUGGUUUGUCAUUUUUGGGGUUUGGAGUAGAUACUUGUUUUGCUGAAGUGUGUCCGGCGUCGUGUUUUCUUUUGCUUUGCCCUGUUUUAGUGUUGGCUUUUAUGUGUGGAAAACACACCAAGAGUCACCGGAAGAAACUUGGACACAGGAAGGUAUUUCGUCAUUUGUGUCACAGCCAUCAAUAUUUCUACAUAUUAUUUAUUGUAACUUAUUUAUUUUAUUUAUGAACGAGCUUCUACAUAGAUAAUCAUAGUUUUGCGGGCAACACUUCAUCACAGCUGUAAAAAAAAAAAAAAAAAAUAGACUGUUAUAUCAGUAUUGUAUAAAGAGGUUGGUUCAAAACCAGAAUGUCAGAUGAGAUUGACUCGUGUUGACAUUCUCCUGCAUUUCACUGUAUGUUCUCCUGAUCAUGUUCAAGCAAUUUCAAUGAAAAAUACCUGUAUAUCAAUUUUCCAUGUUUCUACACUAACUGUGAACCUGUGUGAACGGGUGUGAUAUAAUGCCACUGUAUGUACAGUAUUCCAAUUGGAGACAUACUCUCAAUGGCCACUCUCCUGGUUUUCCUGGUUGAUAAAUAAUGCCCCCCCCAGCAAACCUGCUGAAGGGCAUGUCCGGGAAAAAAAUACUGUUGGCUUUAGGCAGCUUUUGCAUGGUGUUUAUUCCAAAGAUAUCCCAACAAAGCCAACAUUUGAGGGCCACUGAGAUAAGACCUGGAAGACAUACUUUGAGAGCUGCACUGAAUGAAAGGCUUGUCCUCUAGUGGGUCUAUCCUCCGUGGCAGUUUUUAAAAAGGGGAGUGUUAACAUUUUGAUCAGUCCUUAUCACAUCCUAUUCUUUUUUCUGCAUUUGUUAACUUUUUUUUCUUAAUUGUGUUUUGCUAAAGCUGUAAACUUGCCUCUGACAGUCCAAUUCAGUUUUGUCUUAGCUCUCUUAUCUGUUCUGUCUACCCCUUGUAAAUAAUGUGGUUUUUCUUGCGUUUUAGUCAUGUGCGAAUUGUGCUGUAAUACUGUAACUCCAGGUUUGCUAAAACAAGGAAUUAAUAAACAAAACAUAAAAGCA